AUGUCUUCUGCAGCCCAGCCUCGUACUAGCAUCAUAACCCGUGGGCAACGAAUGCGCAGAGUCGCCGAUGCCCUCCUCAAAGCGCAUCAAGCCAAGACCUCCUCAGCAAAACCAACGACAACGCCAAAGACAUGUCCCAUUCGCAUAGUCUGCAUUUCUGACACACACAACAAGCAGCCAACGGUGCCCUUGGGAGAUGUUUUAAUUCAUGCCGGCGACCUAACAGAAAACGGAUCAUUUGAGGAGGUGCAGAAUGGCCUGACGUGGCUUUCAUCGCAGCCGCACAAGUACAAGAUCUUUGUUGCGGGCAAUCAUGACGUCCUGUUAGACGACAUGUUCCUUGACAAGUAUCCCGAACGACGCUAUGGGCAGAGUAAAACCAAGAAAGACCUGGACUGGGGAACUGUAAUGUAUCUGGAGGAUUCCUUCAUCACUCUCGAAAUCCCCGCGAGCCAGCAAAAGCAAGAAACACGCACAGAUCAAGUCGUUGAAGGGCAACCCAGGAUGGGAAGCAUCACAAUUUUUGGCAGUCCGUGGACGCCUCGGUACGGAAUAUCGGCUUUCCAAUACCACCCAUACAAUUCUCAACAGUGGAAGGAUGCAUUCGCCUCCCUAGAUGAGAGGCCGCACAUUGUCGUCACCCAUGGUCCGCCGCACCUUCACCUCGAUAGACGUGACUUCCACCGUGCCGGAUGUCCAUACCUAGCCGAGGAACUUCACCGCAUGCGGCCUCGUCUUCAUGUAUUCGGCCAUAUCCACGCGUCGUAUGGGCGUGAGGAUGUGAUGCUAGACAGCGUGCAGAGAACGUAUGAAGAGGUGAUGAGGGGGUGGGCGGGUUGGGGUGGCAUCGCAUGGAUGGCUAUCAUUGUUUUAUGCGCCAGAGUGAAGUAUAUUUUCAAAGAACCAAACGCGCAUAAGAACGUAACUUUCGUCAACGCUGCGGUUGUAGGGGGGCCUCAGAAUGAACUUCAAAAUACACCAAUUACUAUAGAUAUUUAG